AUGUCACUAGAUGUUCAUCUAUACAAACACAUAAGUGUAUCUAUCAGUGAAAAACGUCGUCUCGUUUCCUACCCUCCAAACUGGACUCCCCCUGCCACAACCACCCCCAUUGCCAGAGAGCUCCCCCAUAGCUUUAUACUGAUCACAGUUCUUCCUGUUUUUAUCCGCAGCGCCAAAAGCCUCCACCUUCAGCAACUGCCACCUCAUUCUUUUCAGAUCCCUCCCCCCCCCACAUCCCACUCUGAGAAACCCCAUCGUUCUCAAAUCACUAAGAACGUGCAGCUGCUUUUUCAUCUAUCUGCAUUUGUUUGUAGCGGGAAUCUAUCUAUCUAUCUAUCUAUCUAUCUAUCUAUCUAUCUAUCUAUCUAUCUAUCUAUCUUUUCUCUCCCAAUCUCUCUCUGUUCAUUAUCUAUCUAUCUAUCUAUCUAUCUAUCUAUCUAUCUAUCUAUGGUUCAUUGUGUCCAUAUCUAUCUAUCUAUCUAUCUAUCUAUCUAUCUAUCUAUCUAUCUAUCUAUCUAUCCCAAUCUCACGCUGUUCAUUAUCUAUCUAUCUAUCUAUCUAUCUAUCGCUGAAAUAAACUACAUAAUUACUUUCUUUCUUUCUUUCUUUCUUUCUUUCUUUCUUUCUUUUAUUUAUUCGAGUUAUCUAUCUAUCUAUCUAUCUAUCUAUCUAUCUAUCUAUCUCAGUUUCUUUCUAUCUCUAUUAUCUAUCUCUGUUAUCUAUCUAUGUCAGUUUUUUAAAAAAUCUAUCUCAGUUUCUUUGCUAUCUAUCUAUCUAUCUAUCUAG